AUGCAAUUUGUCUGGCCAGUCAACACGCCUCUUGAGGUUCAUGAGCUCGUAGGACCAGAAAGGGCUAUGAUUGUAUGUUUGAUCGAGUGCGCAUUUGGUUUAUUCGGCUACACACUGAAUGUGCUUCAUUUUCUCAUUUAUUUAUACAAUUGUGAUGAUACUCGUCUAGCAUGGUUCGUAUUCUUCGUUACCAUCGUGCAAUAUUCUGUUUUUUACUCAUUUAAGAGGCAACGCCCAUUGAAGUGA